CCCCUUUUCUCCACACAUUCUUCUGGAUUUUCCAUCCACCCUUUUCCUCUCCUCUGCCUUUCUCCAUCUUUUUCUGGACUUGGAUUUCCCAAGUGGGUGUUUUUGGUUGGUUCUUUGUCAAAACUUUUCUCGCGAUUCUGGGCCUGUUUGGCUCCCGAGAAAGUUGGGAUUCACCCCCACAGAAGAAUAACAAAGUUCUUCACAACCAAUCCCAAGUGCAUGGAUAAUCUUGGAGCUGCUUCUUUGAGGAGUAGAAGGUUAGAGAGCUGCUUCAAUACAAGCUAUGAACCAAUCAAGAGAGAAACCCCAAAAUGUUCUGUUGAUGAACAACAGAUAAGAAGGAUGGAGAGGGCUGAUUUCUAUGUGGAUGAUAAUGGAUGGAGUUCAGUUCUGAUCUCAUGUUUCAGAAUUGUCACUUGCUUUCUGGCUAUGAUGGUCACUACUUCUAUCUGGGCUCUGAUUAUGCUUGUGCUUCUCCCAUGGCCAUACCAGAGGAUUAGACAGGGCAAUAUAUAUGGCCAUGUGACUGGUAGAUUACUGAUGUGGAUCCUUGGGAAUCCAAUAAAGAUUGAAGGUUCUGAAUUUUGCAAUGAGAGGGCUAUUUACAUUUGCAACCAUGCAUCACCCUUGGACAUUUUCCUCAUAAUGUGGCUGACACCCACUGGCUCUGUUGGCAUUGCAAAAAAGGAGAUCAUAUGGUACCCUCUAUUUGGACAACUGUACAUUCUCGCGAACCAUCUUCGCAUCGAUCGUUCGAAUCCAGUUGCAGCAGUUGAGUCCAUGAAGCAGGUAGCUCGAGCAGUUUCAGAAAACAACUUAUCCUUGAUCAUAUUCCCCGAGGGAACUCGGUCUAAAGAUGGAAGGCUGCUCCCCUUCAAAAAGGGGUUUGUCCAUUUGGCAUUGCAAACACAGCUGCCAAUAGUUCCUAUCGUCUUCACCGGCACUCAUCGAGCUUGGAGAAAGGGCAGCUUACAUGUCCGACCAGCCCCUCUGACUGUCAAGUAUCUUCCUCCGAUAACAACCUAUAAUUGGACAGUGGAGAAGAUCGACGACUACAUGAAAACAAUACACAACGUGUAUGUCAAAUACCUGCCAGAGUCGCAAAGACCAUCUUGAUGAUAAAGCUUUUUUUAGUACAACAUGUGGGUGAUUCGAAUUCCUACGAUCUUUUAGUUGGGAAUAUGUCUUAAUCAUAUGAAUUAUGCUGAGAUCGACAAAAAGAUUGUAAAGUUAGUACAUUUUCAAAAAGCUUAUGCCAUUUUGGUGAAGACAAGAAUUUGAAAUUUAAGUUAUAACCGAGGGAUGUAUAUUAUUUGCUCUAAGAACUAACUAGCUUUAUUCAGCCACUUACUGAACUUGUAAUAGUUUCUUCUUCUUAAUCUUGUAAAGAAUAUGUUUUCUUCA